GCAGGCCAAGACGGAGGCAGUGGAAAGGGAACAGGAGCUUCUAAGGCAAACACUGAAUGAAACACAGCAAAAAAUGGAGGCUCAAAAGAGAAGCUUCAAGAAAAACAUAGCCCUACUGAAGGACAAAAUGAAGAUAGAAAAAGAAAAUGAACAGAAAAACCGGGAAAAAAUGGCAAAGUACAUGCAGAGUGUUGAAGAGUUAUUGAGGAAACACCAGGAGGAAGAGAUGCAAAAUAAGAUUGAAGUGCAACGUAUAAAGGCUGAAUCUGAAGCAACUACAAGAAAAAUAUUGGAGGAAGUACAAAAAAAGAAUGAAAGGCACCCUCAUGAAGAAUUUGAGCGGGAAAUUGAGCGGCUUCAGGAGAAGAACAAGAAACUUGAAAAUGAGUUACAGUCCAAGGAAUCAU